GCUUAAUUAAGCAGCUGCUGUUGUUUCGAACUGUUUGUUCUGGUUCUGUUGUGUUCUGGCACGCGAUGAUGAUGAGCACAACGACAACACAACAACAUCCCAUCAUGCCGCCAGCCAUGCGUCCAGUGCCCGAGAGUCCCGUCUCCAGACCGCGCGCCGUCUACAGCAUCGAUCAGAUCCUAGGCAAUCAGCAUCAAACCAAACGCAGCGAAACACCCAACGAGGUGCUGAUAACGCACGCGCAUCACAUACAUCACCUGCAUCACGCGGGCAACAUCAGCAGCAGCAACAACAACAGCAACAGCUUGUUGCAGCAGCAACAUCAGCAGCAACAACAACUGCAACAUCAGCAACAGCUACAACAACAACAACAACAGCAGCAGCAGCAACAACAAAUGAUUGGCAAGCGCGAGGACUCGCCCACAAAUACGGAAAGCGGGUUGGAUGUGGACAACGAGGACGAGCUCUCCUCGAGCCUCAACAAUGGACACGAUCUGGGCGACAUGGAGCGGCCGCGCAAAGUUCGCAGAUCUCGCACUACGUUUACAACAUUUCAAUUGCAUCAAUUGGAGCGCGCCUUUGAGAAGACACAAUAUCCGGACGUGUUCACAAGGGAGGAUCUGGCGAUGCGGCUCGACCUGAGCGAAGCACGCGUUCAGGUGUGGUUCCAAAAUCGGCGCGCCAAAUGGCGUAAACGUGAGAAGUUUAUGAAUCAGGACAAGGCCGGCUAUCUGCUGCCCGACCAAGGUCUGCCGGAGUUUCCGCUGGGCAUACCGCUGCCGCCGCACGGCCUGCCCGGGCAUCCGGGCGGUCUGCCCGCCGAGUUUUGGCCGCCGCACUUUGCGCUGCAUCAGCACUUCAAUCCGGGCCUGCUGCCGCAGCAGCUGAUGCCGCCCCACUACAAGCUGCCCAACUUCCAUACGCUGCUCUCCCAGUAUAUGGGCCUCAGCAAUUUGAACGGCAUCUUUGGCGCCGGCGCCGCCGCAGCGGCUGCGGCUGCCGCCUCCGCCGGCUACCCGCAGAAUCUGUCGCUGCAUCCGUCGUCGUCGGCGCAGGUGAGUCCGCCGUGCAGCAACAGCAGUCCGCGCGAGAGCCCCAACUCGCUGGCGCCCCACCAGCUGGCGCAUGGCGCCACCACGCUCAUCUCUGGCGACCUGACGCUCACCUCGACGGCGGCGCAGUCGCCGCGCAGCGCCAACGGCGGCAGCAGCAACGCCUCCACGCCCGUCUCCGUGGUAACCAAGAGCGAAGACUGAACUGAACCAGCGGCAGAGAAUUAAACCGGCUCGACGCUCGAAUUCGCAAACAUGAAUUCCCCCCCUUGUGGUGAUAUAAUGGACGGAUUGUGCACAUGUAUAUAUAUAUAUAUAGCAUAGCCAAUAAGUGAAUAAGGAAAUGGAACUUUCUGUUUGUGUUGCAAAUAAGUAUUUCCACAAAU